AUGUUACUUCUCAAAAUUUCUUUAAUGGACCGGUCGUCUUUGCCACCCACAUCAGGGUUAGCCCAAUGGCCAAUGGAUCCAAUGGACCUUGGUUUAUUGGAUAAGUCCAAUGGAUCUAUGAGAGACAUUGGAUCUAUUGAGAUAUUUAAUUUAAUUGGCUAA